CCUGGUUUGACGCAGACGCCCCGUUUCCGCGUCCGCCCUGGUCUCUCACUGCUCCAAACCAUGGGUGGGCUCCACUGUGCCCGCAUCCAGCAGCUUUGCAGGGGGCUGGUGGGCUCGAAACACCCCUCCCGAGCUGGGGGGAGAGGGUAUAGAGUAUGGGGGGUGGUUCUGCACCAGGACCCCCGGGAAGAGGCCCGAGGGGGCCAUGGGAAGGAGGGAUGGAGGGGCUGAGCUGGGUGGCCCCACUGGCCGAAGCCACCGGCGGUGCCACGGGUGACUCACGGCGACAUAACCCCCGCCCCGUGUCCUUGAGUCACCAUCCCCAGCCUCGUGGCAGGUUGUCCCCGUGUGUCACCGGAGCCCCGUGUCCAGCAGCACUCUGAGGACACCGGCACCCGAAAACACCCCAAAGCGCCAGGCCAGGAGCGACCUUCAGUGACGGCAGCGGCUCCAUCCUCUGCCCCAAGGCACAUGCUGUAUGGAGGAAGCUGCUUGCUGCCACCGCAACCAUCCCCUUCCCUGACGUCACUGCGCAGGGUGACACCGUGGCAGCACCCAGGGGAGACUUCAACACCCACUGCCAGAAAGAGCCACCCAACAGCACCCCCGGGUGGGAAACCUCACAACGAACAGCAGGCUGCGGGGUAAAGCAGGAUGAGCGCACCGGCCAACCCUGCCCAUGCCAUCUUCGAGAGGUUCCUGCGUGCCGGGGAGUGCCAGGAGGUGCUGAGCUGCUUCGGGGAGCUGUGCCAGGAGCUGGGGCUGCAGGGCAGCGGGCUGCAGCUCUACCAUGGCCUCAAGGCUGCCCUCAACUACUGGAGUGCCAAGGCCCUGUGGAGCAAGCUGGAUAAGAAAGCUGGGCACAGGGACUAUGACCAGGGCACAGCCUGUGCCAGCACCAAGUGCCUGGUGGUGGGGGCCGGCCCCUGCGGGCUGCGGGUGGCCAUCGAGCUGGCGCUGCUGGGCGCCCGUGUGGUGCUGCUGGAGAAGCGGGAUUCCUUCUCCCGCAACAACGUCCUGCACCUCUGGCCCUUCACCAUCCAUGACCUGCGGGCACUGGGCGCCAAGAAGUUCUAUGGGCACUUCUGCACUGGCACGCUGGACCACAUCAGUAUCCGGCAGCUCCAGCUGAUCCUGCUGAAGGUGGCUCUGCUCCUGGGGGUGGAGGUGCACAUCAACGUGAAGUUCAACGGUCUCAUCCCCCCAACGGGCAAGGCGGGUGGACAGGGCUGGCGUGCUGUGCUGCAGCCCAGCUCCUCUCCCCUCAGCCACUACGAGUUUGACGUCCUCAUCUCAGCCGGUGGAGGCAAAUUUGUCCCUGAAGGGUUCAAGCGGAAGGAGAUGAGGGGCAAGCUGGCCAUUGGCAUCACCACCAACUUCAUCAACCGCCACAGCCGGGCCGAGGUGGAGGUGGCCGAGAUCAGCGGCGUGGCCCGAAUCUACAACCAGAAGUUCUUCCAAAACCUCUACAACAAAACAGGCAUCGACCUGGAAAACAUCGUCUACUACAAGGAUGACACUCACUAUUUCGUCAUGACAGCCAAGAAGCAGAGCCUGCUCAAGAAGGGGGUCAUCCUCCAGGACAAAGCAGACAUCGAGAGCCUCCUGUCCCCGGAGAAUGUGAACCGGGAUGCCCUCCUCAGCUAUGCCAAAGAAGCUGCCAACUUCUCCACCAACUACCGCCUUCCCCAGCUGGAGUUUGCCCUCAACCACCGAGGCCUGCCAGAUGUUGACAUGUUUGACUUCACCUGCAUGACGCGCUCGGAGAACGCGGCGCUGGUGCGGGAGCACAAUGGGGUCCGUCUGCUCCUCGGGCUGGUGGGCGACUGCUUGGUGGAGCCCUUCUGGCCACUGGGCACCGGCGUGGCCCGGGGCUUCCUCGCUGCCUUCGAUGCGGCAUGGAUGGUGCGGCGAUGGGCGGCCGGGACCCCCCCGCUGGAGGUGCUGGCUGAGAGAGAGAGCAUCUACCAGCACCUCUCACAGACCUCCCCGGACAACACCAACAAGAACAUCAGCCAGUACAGCAUUGACCCGGCCACGCGCUACCCCAACAUCAACCUGCAGGCCAUCAAAGCCAACCAGGUCCGGGACCUCUACCUCGUGGGCACGGUGGAGGUGGACCACAAGAGGAAGAGUGACAACAGAUUCAGCACUGUGGUCUCCAGAGAUGCCUAUGAAGACCUGCUGAGCUGGUGCCAGGCCAGCACGGCCGGGUACCGAGGUGUGGAGGUGACCAACUUCACCACCUCCUGGACCAGCGGCUUGGCCCUCUGCGCCCUCAUCCACCACUUCCGCCCCGACCUGGUGCAUUUUGACUCUGUGGACCCCCAGGAUCCCAUCCGGACUCACCAGAUGAUGCUGGACAUGGCAGAACAGGAGCUGGGCAUCCAGCCUGUCCUCUCUAGCAUUGAGAUGGCCACCAUGGCAGAGCCCGACCGCCUGGGGCUCAUCACCUACCUCAGCCAGUUCUAUGAAGCUUUCAAGACCUCUCCAAAGGCAGAGGAGGUCACCAAGAAGCCGCUGCUUCCCCUUGGUACACGAGGAGCCAUCCUCUUCCUCAGCAAGCAGCAGAAGAGCCGGAGCCUGACACACAAGCGUGCCCAGGACAGUGCCCAGAAGGAUGCUGAGGCCAAGAGGAGUCGCAGGGAUGCUGAGGUGGACAUGGGGCUGGAUGGAGACAUUCUGGAUGAUGCCCAUGAGCUGCCACAAGCCACCACCAUGGACCCAGGGCAGCCAGCAGCAGCCCGCGGGGACAGCAGCGACGCCUGUUACUUCUGCGGCCGCCGCGUCUACAUCCUGGAGCGAGCCAGCGCCGAGGGACGCUUCUUCCACCGCGGGUGCUUCCAGUGCCGGCAGUGCGGGGCCACCCUGCGCCUGGGCGACUACGCCUGCGACGAGCAGCACGGUCAUUUUUACUGCUCGCUUCACUACCCCAAUCCAACCGGCAUGGAUCUGGCCCAGGAUGAGCCCCUGGUGCUGCCUGAUGGGGAUGCUGCCUGCCUGCCCCCAGAUGCUGGGAGCCCAUGCGUGUCCCCUGAGGAUGGUGUCCCGGGUCCUCUGCAGCCCCCACCAGCAGCCCCACAGCCAGGGGAAGAGCAAGGGGCAGUGGAGGACACUGUGGGUGCUGGUGACACCGAGGAGCAGGAGCUGCUGGCACAGCCCGGGCAGGAUGUGAGGGAGGAUGAGGGUCCCAGCGCGGAGCCCAGACGGGUGGCAGAGGAGGGUGAGGAAGGCGGUGGCAGGAGGAAGAUCGUCCUCACGCCGCUGGAGAAGCUCAAGCUGUCCACGCUGAACCUCACCAGUGAAGCAGAGCCUGAGCCACCACCGAAGCCGGCUCGUCUGUGGCUCCAAGCAGCACCCGAGGCCCUCCCUGCUCAGUGGCCAGGACAAGAUGCCUGGGAGGAAGAGGAGGAGGAGGAUGAUGAGGAGGAAAUGGCCAUGGAGGAAGCUUUGGAGGAGAGUGACAGUGAGGAGGAAGAGGAAGAGGAGGAGGAGGAAGGCACAGACCUUGGCAUCAGGGCGGGGUUGGGCCUGGACCUGGGGGAAGAGGAAAAAUACCCCACCUGGAAGCGCACCCUGACCCGCCGGGACAGGGAAGCCCAGAUGAAGCGGUUCUGCAAAGCCCAGGCCAUCCAGAGGCGGCUGGAGGAGAUCGAGGUGACAUUCCGGGAGCUGGAGCAGCAGGGCAUCAAGCUCGAGAAGUUACUCCGGGACGAGGAUGGCACCCCAGCCGACCAGAAGACGCAAUGGAUGAACCAGCUGCUGUACCUAGUCCAGAAGAAGAACAGCCUGAUGUCUGAGGAGUCGGACCUCAUGAUCGCGGUGCAGGAGCUGAAGCUGGAGGAGCAGCAGUGCCAGCUUGACCAGAAGCUCCGGGGCUACAUGGACAAGAAGGAAUCCUUGAAGACACCCGAGGAUCGUGUGGCCGAGCAGGAGAUCCUGGUGCAGCUGCUGGAUGUGGUGAACAAGCGCAACGUCCUCAUCCACAUCCAGGAGGAGAAGCGGCUCAGUGAGCUGCAGCCCUGAUUCAUGUGGCUGCAGGACAUACCGGUUCCUCCCGGGGUGGGACAAGAGGUGUCCCCCCAGCCUGGCCGAGCAUCACUUCUGGAGGUGAUGCUUGAGGUGCUGUGGUGAAUCCAGCUCCCUGCUUGCCAAAGCUGCCAUGGAGAGGCCAGACCCACUGGUGGAUACCUGUGUAGGGAGACACCGAGGAGCACCCUGGCUUUGGGGUGCAGAGAGGGUUUCUCCACGCUUGGCUGGAUUGCAUUUGCCUUGUGCUUGCUAGAGACAAGAUUUGCAGGAGGCUACAGGACACAGGGACCGUGGCGGCUCCGCCUGGGGUUUGCUACAGGAGGAAGAAGCCCCACAUGGAAGCGGGGUCUCACCCAGUGCAGGAGGUCCUGCAGCCAUCACCUCUUCCAGCGGAUGCUGCCCAGAGGCUUGGCUGCAGCAUGGAAAGUGUUUUGUCAGCAGGGCCCCUCAUGCUCAAGCUGAACAUGCCUCAGGACACGUUCUUGGUGGGACAGAGGUGGCUCAUCACAACCCAUCCAGCCCCGGGCACUGAAGAUGUGACCACGGCCACAACAGGCAGGUCACAGUGGAGAUGCCGAAUGUGGAGAGGCAGUGUCAUGAGCAGCCUGUAGAAGACACCUGGGGGCAUCCAUCCAUGCAUCCUAAUCCAGGAUACCCAUCCCACCCUGGGACAUCCAUCCCACACUGGACAUCCAGCUCUUCCAGGGACAUCUGGCUCUACAAGUGGAGCCAGUGACAGACUGGGCUGAUCCCACCACUCUGUAUCACUGCUUUUGAGUGCCAUGUCCAUGCUGCUCCCAGCAACUGCUGGAACCCAGUCAGAAACCCCACUGUGAUGCCCCAGGGCUGGGGAAGGGGCUUUCUGUCCAGCAGCUCCCAGAGGGGAUUGAGCUCAGCGCCAGCACUGUGUGACACGAGGCCGAGGCCUGCGUCCUCCUUGUCCCUUUGGGGUUUCUCCUGCUUGGCAAUGCCACAGUUGUUGCAGGGUGGCCUCCACGGCCAAACUGUGCUUAAGCACCAGCUAUGCCAAGCACGGAGGUCCUGGGCGCGGGCUCCUCUGUUAGCAAUACACCCCCCUCUCCAUUCCUCCCCAUUCCCAUCCUGCCUCCCCAAACCCUCCUGUCUACCUUGUGUUUGCACCAACCCUACUAUCCUGCUGCAACCUCUCCCUUCCUUUGAAUAAAGCCUUCCCAACCCAGCA